CUAAGUUAGAUUUGAGUAUCCGCUAGAUGGAAUUCGGACUCCGCUCCGCUAACAAGUGAAAUUGCAAGCAACGGGAGCAAAACUAUUUAUUGUCAUUUGAUAUUUAUAUUAAGGUUUAAUUGAAGAAUGUCGCAAGUGUUGAGUUAAUUAGUAUCAAUUAUUGUGAAGCAACCGUGAUAUUAAGUGGCCUCCUGUGAUCUCCUGACUUCAAACCUCUUCAUGAAAACACCGGUUAAAUGGCGGAAAAAAUAGAUAGCAUCAAUCAUGGUUUUAACGUGGAUGAGAAAUACAGAGUGUACGCGAGUGUAUCAUUCGCAGUACUACUAUUGGGAAUUGGCGUGCCUCUCUGGUGGCACACUACAACAGUGCCUCGUGUUACACUGCCCUAUGCCGGAAUUGACGAUUUAUCGCAACUGGACAUUAGAAUCACCACAAAGAUUAUUGUCGCAACACUCUCACAUAAUCGCGCUGAAUUGAUCGCACGUGAAAUCAGGCGAACUUUCGAAAACGCUGAAAUAUAUCAGCUGGACGUGGAAUAUCAAGUAAUUUCCAAUAAUCUCUUGGCAUCUGCUUUCACAUAUCAUGAACUCGAAAAGGUGGCCUCGACUUUUGAUCUAGAUGUGGGUGGUUUAUUACUUCUGGAAGCGACAAAUUUAAACGACGCUGUUCUGGUUGGCUCAAAGAGAACGCUAUAUUUCUCUACCGAAACCGGGGUUUCUAAAUUGAUACAAGUAUUGUCGGAAUGGAUUCUACAUGACAAGUCAUUGGCGCUGACAAAAAAUGCGCUCGCGGAGCCUACUAUAUAUAGCUUAGACGAGGAGAAUAGGAGACGAUUUCCAGCCAGCCCGGCAUACGAUGUUCUAGUUACUUUAGUUAAUCCUGAGCCUGAAAAACUAAAGAUUGUUUGGGAUCUCAAGACGGUAACUGAAGAAUACAUGCAACCAUUUCUAGACGAGCUGUCCAUCUUGAGUAACUUUUCGAUCAAAUCGCAGUGGCUAUAUUUAUUACCAUUAGAUAUGAAUCCCAGACGUGUACCCGACAGUAGCCCAAGUCGCAGGCACUUCGCCUUGCGCGAAAGCGUCCUGCCGCAACUAGUAACGCCGUUGGAGAAAAAAUUAGCGUCGCAGGUUAGUCUUCAUCCGUGUAUCAAUUUAGUCGUUUAUAUGGUACCGUGUGACAACGCGCCUCUACAUAUCUAUACCCACAGCGGGCACAGAUCGCGAACAAAUAGCAACGUUGAAGCCUUUCUCUCUCCAAGAUGGGGUGGUGUGGUUUUGAUUAAUCCACCAUCAGAAGUUUGUGAAAACGUGCAAGAAGAUAAAGCGGUUACUGUCAUUCCUGAGGAAACUGCCAUAGUAGGCACAUUUUUGGCACAGCUCAGAUUAUUGCUAGGCAUUCCAGAAAUGAAAUCUAUUAACGGAGUAACAGCGGUGCCAUUGGUGGGACUAAAAUCACGCGAUUGGGAAAUUGAUUCCUUGUUGAGAUAUCGCACCAUCGAGCAGUUAACGUCAGCCAAAUUAACUUUACAAUCUCUGGCGCAACUACUCAAAGAAAUCAGCAAUAUCGUUAUCACGGAUGUAGUAGGAAACAGAAUUAAGACUGCGCUUGAGCUAGUGCACGAGUCCGCUGAGCAUCUGCGACGAGGCGACCUCGAGCGUAGUUUCAUCCUUAGCAAAGAAGCUUUUAUUAUCUCUGAAGCGGCUUUUUCCGAUCCAACACUCUUGGCGCUUCUUUACUUUCCAGAGGAUCAAAAGUACGCCGUGUACAUUCCUCUAUUUCUGCCGGCUAUGAUACCGGUGUUGUUAUCGCUCAAGAAUAUACGAAGGUACUACUUCCCUGGAAAGUAUAAUACAGAAAAAAGGGUAGAUCAUAGAGAAAAUAAAAAUGACGAGGACUGUAGACCGAAAGCCGAAUAGAAGUCAUUUAUCCGACUGAUAAUAUAUUACAUCCAGUACAAUCGUGCGAUUGCUCGUUCGAAAUCAUUUCGAUCAAAAGAUAAUGACGUGUAGCGAUAAUAAGCAUAUAAUUUCAUGCAGAGGCUCUUAUAUAAGCUUUUAUUCACGCGUGUGACGUUAAACGUAUCGUAUUUCGAGUAUCUUUAACACAAUUGGGAUGUAACACAUAAAUUUAGGCACACUUAAAAUCGAUUCCGUUAUAAUCGGGAUCAUAUAAUCUUAAUGAUCAUUAAGUAUGAGCAUAAUUCGAAGAAUUUUUACUCGCUGUCGCACAUAACAGUCAAUACAUCAAGAUUUCGUGUACAAGAUUUCGUGUAAAGAAAGAUGUCGAAAGGAAAGGGCGUGAGAAAUAGUAAUAGCUUCAUUUUAUUUCAAAAAGAAAAAUGUUUGAUAAUUUACUUGUAUAAGGUAAAGUGAUAUGAUGCAAAAGAAUAUAAUGAACGAUUUUUUUCUCAAUCCACUUCCUUUUUUUUUCAUUUGUUUCUUUAAACUAUGAAAUUUCUGAGCAAGAUUUCGAGCAAUUCGCAGGUAUUGAAUAGUUUAACAUCUCGUUCUCGCUUGUCCUUUCGAUCUCCUUUUUUUCUUUUACUCACUUUUAUUCACUCAUACGUUGUACGUAUGUUGUACGUACGUACAUACGUACGUAUAUCAUAGACCUUACAAGUAUGAACUGGCAAUGUGCUGUAGUUUCUGUAUAAGCAUCCAGUCCAUAAGAGGUUGGAGAGAAACGUACUUUUUAGUAGGUUCUCUUUCUCAAAAAAUAUACAUAACGCAUGUCAAUAAAACAUAUGGCGCGUUGAUCACGACUUCGCUUCUAUUGUCAAUCCAUACUUAUAUAGGUCUAUGUUGUACAUACACUGAUUUAAAUUUAAUUGUUUAAUUUAAAGGUACAGUUUCUCUUAUUGAAAUUCUCAUUAUCAUUGGCAGUUGAAAUUUUACAUUUGCGGGUUGAAAUGUGCUAAGAACGCCUAUUUAUCAUACUGCAUGCGCGCGGUUUGUGCGCGUGUGCGUGUAUAUACUCAUUGUCAGUCGAAAUAUGUACCACGCAUUCAAAAUACAAGUAAAUCCCAC